AUGCAGUGGCUCUGCUAACUGAUAAUUAAAUUCACAGGAAGCGUGGUUCACACUCCGAUUGAUAGAGCAAUCGAUAUCGCUCUGAAUGCGUAUGAUACCAGCAAGCCAGAACGCGUUGAGAGACGCGUAAUUCGAUUCAGACGUGAAACCACGGGGAGUAGCAAGACUGCCCCAGAAACUAAGGGUAGCAAGGAUGAUAUUGGUGCUGGGCAAAACUUUGGUCCCGAAGAAACGGACUUUUGGAACGCCGCCGAUGUCGAUGUCAAGGAUCUCGCCGUGGUCGUCGGAGAGAGCAUCAACCAGUCGAAGGAAACUUCAGGUGAAAGUAAGACCGAGACCCUAGAAAGCGCUCUCAAGAAACCCUCUGACAACGAGAAAGUCGGGUGAGGUACAAAUCGUUGUCAGGCGAAUUGCGGACGAGAGGUCGCGCUACUUCAACCUUGUGAACAAGGCCAAUGAUGGCCUCUGCAGCGUCAGUCCGUUACCAACUGACAACUCCACCUUCUACUACCGUGAGUGGCUUGACGCCGACGCCAAUUUUUCGACACAAGCCGAUAUGCGAGAGGCUGACUGGAGCGGGCUCAUUUCGGACUUUUCUGAGGAGUUCCUCAAAGACAAUGUCGGCAUUCUGUCAGGUGCCGCAGAAGUGUUCGAGCAACGACGCCUGGCAUCGGCCAAGCAGGGCCAGGAGGUGAAGGAUGAGGAUCAGGUCAAGGUCUUCAUUUCCGAAAUGAGAAAAUCCAUCGCCUUUUACAGAUACUCCAGCGAUCCAGAGCAUCUCACUCAUAUGCUCGUUAG